GGCCAGUCUGCGCCAGCCCAGCCUCUGACAGCCGUAUACACCAGCUGAGAGUCACAAGCAUUAGGACGCCGGAGUGGCGCAGCUUGGCGCGCGGUUAUCUCGUCAAAGGUAACGUAGCAGUUGCGGUCGCUGCUCAUGCUCACGCUUCUCUUUUUGCUUGUGCUAGCUCACUGGCCUCGGCUCUACAACGUCAUGUUCGCUUGUGCGUGUUGCGUUUUUUCAAGCAUUUUCAAUAACAGGAACCUACUAUGAGGCACCUACCAUGAGGCACAAAGCCCAAGCCUAGGCGUUCACAGACCGCAACAAGCACUUACUGGCAUACACCACCAGCCCAUGUACCCCGCAGCUCGUUAGCACCUUCAUUACCUGCGAGGGGAAGGCACGGAUGCCACGACACGCUGGCCAAACUGUUGAACCCCAUGGGCCCAUCGCUUAGGCCCCAUCUGCCAAUCCCAGCGCCGAGUUGGGGUUGGCUUCCUGCUUCUUUCUUGUCCCUUCCAGACAAGUCUUAGCCAUUCCAUGCAUUUGCAAACACUGGUGCUGCAUAGAUAAGGUUCCAACGAGGCAGCCAACUCUCAUCGCCAGCGACCGAUUGGGACUGAACGUGUCGUCCGUGAGCAACAUUUUAAUCGCUCGGCCCUGAGUGAUACUUAGCGUUAUGGUCGUAUCCCACCACUCCUGUAACCUCAAGGAGUCCACCUUAGUGAGCCAAGCAGGCCUUCUUUGCGAGCGGCCCUUGGCAAAUGGAGGAAGGAGAGAAGCUGCAAAAGGAACUUAGCGACAUAGGAGCCGAGAUAGCCAAGGUGUCGGCAGCGGCAGAGUCGGCGAAGGAUGCCGAGGACAAGCGGUAUUUCCGGGAGAAGGAGCUCAUGCUACGGAAGAAGGAGCUCAUGCUUCUCGAAGCGCGCGCCUCGGCGGCUGGCCUGGGCGUCGGGAGCGCGGCUGGAACUGGCGCGGCGGCAGGGCCGGGCCCCGGGAGCACGGCAGCUGACGGCCCGCCCGCUUGCAAGCUGCGGCUCCGGCAAGACGUGCAGAACACGGACCUGUACUUCUUCGAGCCCAUGGACACCAGCAGCGCUGCAGCUAGCGCCGCAAGUCCGGGCGUGAGCAGCGGCAGCUUCUUCCUGGACCCCGAGGGCAAGCAGAAAGCUGAGCUAGAGGACUGGCUUGGCCUCGCCAUGGACUUGCACGGCAAGGGCAAACCCAUCUUGCCGUUGUUCGUCAACGGUCAGGUCAAGAGCGGCAAGUCCUACCUGCUCAACGAGGUCCUUCCUGCUGUGGCCAACGCCUACUACUGCAGCGGCGGCAGUGGCCGGCAGCACGCUGGCACGGAGCUUGCGGAGCCCAACUUCCUGCGCGUGAACUGCUUGGACUGCGACCGCAGCAGCGGCACUGGUGGCUUCCUGAAGGAACUCCUCUUUAAGCUCAAGGAGAGCGCCGUCGACCAGCGGCUCUAUGCUGCCGCCAGCACGCCUGUGCCCAGCGACAGCUCUGCGGGCGCCAUGGCGUACGCCGUUCGGGACUUCAUGCGGCGCCUGCCACGGGACCGUCUGAACUUCCUGCUGGUCGACGAGGCGCAGAGCUUCUACCUGAUGGCGGGACCGGCCGUGUUCGGCGACGGUGCGCCGCGUGGCCCAACCCUGGACGUCGAGGCGGUGCUGCACAUGCGGCGCAUCCUCAAGGUCCUCCUGCUGGACAGCCCCCACUGGGUCGCCUGGGCCGUCACAGGCAGCUCCAUGGCGACGCUGUGGGCCAACGUCGCUGCCACCCCGACCAACGGCUUCUCCCUGAUCAUGCACCACCGCCGACUCAACCUGAGCCCCACGAUGCCCCUGGAAGCGCUGCAAGUCGCCUGGGCGCAGCUCAAGGCCCAGGCCAAAACCUGGGAUUCGGUCCGGCCACUGCCAGAAGACCUGGCCUGGCAGUCGCCGCCGCAGGUCGCCAUGCUGGCCUACCUGUGCCAGGAGUGGGGGUACAGCCGCACAGCUGGCACAGCCGCGGAGCUGGUGGAGCAGACCAUGACGCAAAAGCUCAUACCCGAGGUCAAGCCAGACGACGGUCCAUCACCAACGUGUUGUCGCUGUUCGUCAUCCCUAGGUGCUGGCGGACCUGCGCAUGGUGCUGUAAGUGCUUGGCCAGCCUGCGUCACAGUUGCUACUCCUGCGGGAGCUGCUGGACCCGGCGGCUGGAGUGGAGUCCGCCAAGCUCCCAUUGGCGUUCAAGGUGCUGCUGGGCAGCUUCGCUACCACGCGUGAUGACGGCACGCUCUUCCUGGACUACCCACUGCUUGCUCAGGUGCUCCAGGCGGUCACCACGGAGUCUGGG